AUGAUAGAACUGAGAAAACUUGUUUUUAGAUCAAUAACAGUCAUUUGUAUUGGAUAUAUAAUACGCUGUUUUCUGAAUAAAUCAACCGAUUCAUAUACUUAUCAUAUUAAUCCAUCCAUUGAGCUGAAUGAGCAACUUAUUGCAAAUAAAAAUUAUGGAAAGUUAGAAAAGAUUGAUUUAAUGAAUUACAGUGGUCCUGAAAGUUUAAUUUAUCAUGAUGGUUCAUUGUAUGCCACAGUGAUUAAAGGGAAAAUAUUAAAAAUAAAUGAUUCUGGGAUUUAUGUUCAUGCAACACUUGGUUCACCAAACUGCGUUGGUGUACAUGAAUGUGGUAGACCAUUAGGUUUAAAAUUGUUCAACAAUUCGGAGAAUUUCUUGGUCACGGAUGCCUAUUUAGGUGUAUUCUCUGUCUCGGUAAAAGAUGGUAGUGUGAAAAAAUUGUUCCCCUUAGAUGAAGAUUUCAAAGUUACAUUUUUUGAUGAUUCAGUAAUGUUACCGAACGGUAGUCUUGUUAUUACUGAAGCUAGUACAAAAAAUCCUUUACGACAUUUAUGGACAACAAUUUUAGAGGGACUACCUAGUGGGAGGUAA